CGGAUAUGGCACAUCUGCGGAUCCAAUAAGAGAGUUAUUGGAUCGCGUCUGCGGCGGGAGAGACCAGCGGAGGGGACUCGGAAACUUGUGCGGUGCAGGAGACGGUCCCUCUUUUCGACUCGGCGCUGUCAGAGCUGUAACACACACACACACACACACACAGAGGGAGAGAGAGAGAGAGAGCGGGAGAGAGCGAGAGAGAGAGCCAUGGUGACCUCCCUCAUACUGGUGCUCAGCUGGACUUUGAUCUCCGAGCUGGCGAGAGCUCAGAAUGACACGGAGCCGAUCGUCCUGGAGGGCAAGUGCCUCGUGGUCUGCGACUCCAACCCGACCACGGACUGGAAGGCUUCGUCCUCCCCGCUCGGCAUCUCGGUGCGCGCCGCCAACUCCAAGGUGGCUUUCUCCGCAGUCCGGAGCAACAACCACGAGCCCUCGGAGAUGAGCAACAAAACUAGAAUAAUCUACUUCGACCAGGUUCUUGUGAAUAUAGGAAACUACUUCACAUUUGAGUCAGUAUUUUUGUCCCCAAGAAAAGGAAUCUACAGUUUUAACUUCCAUGUCAUUAAAGUGUACCAGAGUCAAACCAUACAGGUGAACCUGAUGUUGAAUGGGAAACCAGUCAUCUCUGCCUUUGCGGGCGACAAAGAUGUAACUCGUGAGGCGGCCACCAAUGGAGUUCUGCUUUAUCUAGAAAAGGAGGACAAGGUCUACCUAAAGCUGGAGAAGGGAAACCUAGUUGGUGGAUGGCAGUAUUCAACAUUUUCUGGCUUUCUUGUGUUCCCUCUGUAAAGAAGAGAAGAUUGUGAGCUUACUGACUUCUUCAUAACGUGUUGUCGGUGUAUUAUGAAAACAUUGCUGCUGCAUCGGUUGGAUCUUGCAAAUGGCUGAAGAAGGAAAGAUGAAAAUGGAUAACAUCAGAGAGAGAGAGGAAAUAAGACUUUGGAAAUUGUUCACAUUCUCUGAAGUGCUGAGUCCCUGUCCAGAUGAAAGAGACUUGAAAUGUUCCCUACUCUAUGUUCCUGUCACUCAAGCAGCCUCAGAGAGGAACACUAAAACAUCCCAAAAGUACUUUUCAAGCUUUGACUUGUCAGAAUAUGUUUAGCAUACUGAUUUUUUUCAUGACAACUGUUGCAUUCUAGUACAUCUGUCUUUUGGGUGUGUAAUUGCAUAUGCCUGCAUUAAUUGUGCGACUUGUCAUCACCAAAGUUUUCACAUUGCUAUGUAGUGGGGGGUAUUUUCUUUGGAGCCACUUGAUCCGGGCCAAGAGUUGGUCAAACAAGAGGGAUGAUAGCGGUGUAGGUCAUUGAUAAUUGAUUCUAUAAAAAAGGGGCUUAAGGCUCAUUGCAAAAGAGUGGUUAGUGAUGACAGGCA